AUGACUUCUGUGCUGUGGUAUUUUGUAUCGGUGCUGGCAUUUUGCACCACAGCUUGUGCUCUUGAAAUCACCUCCAAAAAUACUUCCUACUUCGAGGACAAAGGAUCAAGUGUCACACUUGAUUGCAAGUACACACAUCCCCCUGACACGGUCAUAGUGAAGUGGCAAUUUACGUCGCCAAAACAUCAGAAAACAUUAUUUAUAUCAAACAGUAGUUAUGAGAAUGAAAACAGGAUUCACUUUACAUCUACCCCCCCCGACAAUGGAGACGCUUCCAUAAUCAUCAGCGACCUGCGUAUGUCAGAUGCUGGGACCUACCAGUGCCACCUGAUGGCCAGUAAUGAAAGAACCGUGAAAAAGAUGAACCUGACAGUCAUGGAGAAGCUGAGCACACCGGUGUGUGCUGUGGAAGAAGAGCCCGUGGGGAGUAAUGACGUGACGCUCAAAUGCAGAUCAUCACAAGGCACUCCUCCGCUGAUGUACAGCUGGACAAAGACGAGUGAAAAGCAGACAUUGCUUCCUAACGCCAUUGAAGACGCCACAGGAGGGAACUUGUUUGUAAAUAGGAUCUCAGAGGACAACUGCGGAAGCUAUCUCUGUACGGUGGAAAGUCUGCUUGAUACCAGACACUGUGAUAUCCUACUUAAGUGUCCACCGUCGUCAUCGAACAAGAGCGAUGCAACCAAUUACAACGAGAUCCUACUGGCUUGUCCAGACUCACCGCCGAUAACAAGCAAUGGAAAUAAAGUGAUUAUAGCAGUGGCUGUGACUGCCGUGCUUCUGCUGGCCAUUGUCUUCGUUCUCAGUUUUUGGUCGUUGAGGAAAACAAAUCGUGGAGAGCUAGUGACGACACUUUGGAUUUAG